GGCUCCAGCAAGCUGCCCCCCAUCAGCUCUGAAACCCCCAGCUUUUCCAAACUGGAUGUGCUGAGGGAGCGGCUGCAGCAGAGGCUGGAGAAGGAGAGACAGGCGAAACUGACGGCCAUAUACCGACAGCAGUACCACCAGGCUCUGCUCCGACUACGGGCCACCUGCCUCCCCCAGGCUCCCCGCCCGCCACAGCCUUACCGCGCCGAAGAGCAACAGCCCAGUUGGUUACCUGGGUCCAAGCGGUGCCCGGGAAUCGACAGGUCCCAGCCCCUGAAGCCCAUCGACAGAACAGCCGGACCCUGCAGCGACGUCAGCCCAGGGGGCCCUGGAUCGGACUGGCAGAGGCUCCUGCGACAGGAAGCCCCGCCAUGGCCUGGCGUCACCUACCGUCCCUCUCCGCACAAAGCCCCCAGCGACAGGGCCAGGGAGACGGAGCUCGAGCCGCCGCGACCUCGCCACCGAGGUCGGGCAGGGCAGCGGCCCCAGCCUUGCUCACUGGCAGACCAGGGACGCAGCAGGGAGAACGUCAUCGAGCAGCAGCUGAGGAGGAUCGAGGCGGAGCUGAGGGGCAUCCAGAGGCAGCGGGAGGCUGAGGAGGACGAAGAGGGGGCAGAAGGCGUCGAGAUAAUGAGGAUGGAGAGGGAGUGGGAGAGGGAGAGGGGGUGGCAGAGGGAGAGGAGGGACAGUUUGGGGAAGCACAGGUCGGAGGGGGAGAGGUCAGAAGGGGGAAGUUCAGAGGGGGAGAGGUCAGAGAGAGAGGGGUCAGAAGGGGAUAGGGAGAGGUCAGAGAGAAGGCGAUCAGAGAGGCAAAGGUCAAGAAGAACAGGGGACAGGUCAAAAAGAUCAGAAGGGGAAAGCUCAGGGAGGCAUUGGUCGGAGGGCGAGCGAGCGAAAAGAGAAAUAGGGAGUGAGAGGGAAGAGAGAGGAAGGGCGAGGGAGAGGAUCAAAAGGGAGAAGUGGGAGAGGUCGGAGAAAGAAAGGCUGGGUGAAAUAGAUAGAGAAGUGAGGCUGAGGGAUAGAGUGAGGGUGAGGGGAGACAGUCGAGUGGGUGGCGGAAACUGGGAGAGUGCAAAUGGCCACUGGGCGGGAGGAGAGAGUGACAGGAGGGAAGGAGGGAGAGACAGAGGGGCAGCAGUCAGAGACGAGAGCCCGCAGGUCGCAGAAGACGACUGCGACCACUCAAACCCAUUUGCAGGUUACACCGAGAGUCCAGCCGAAGUGAAGCAGAACUCACGGAACACGGAAGUUGAUGAGACAGAGCGCGGAGACGGCGUGCAGAGCGGGGAUGUGGGCUGGGACGGACACUACUCCCCCGAGGAGAAGUCUCACUGCUCGUACUGCGGCCGCCGAUUCGUUCUGGAUCGACUCGACACACACAUGGAGAUCUGUAAGAAGGUGUACAAGCGGAAACGGAAAAUAUACGACUCUGCGCAAAAGAGGGCCAAGGGGACGGAUCUGGAGAACUAUCAAUGCAGCCACAAGAUUGUUCCGAUACCGAAAGUCAACUGGAAGAAGAAGCACGAUUCCUUUAUCCGGAUGCUGCACGCUGCCCAGCAGGCCGAGUUGGAGGUGUACCGCCGCAGGAAGGCGGCUCAAACAGCACCAGCGGGCGCAAACCGCCCGGACUUCAUGCAGUGCCCUUCCUGCAGCCGCCGCUUUGAGCACAGCAUUGCUGAGGGACACAUCUCCAAGUGCAUGAGUCUGCGCAGCUGGCCUGGCCCUUCCAAGAGGUAGCUCAACCACUCACCCAGCCCUGGGCAGUGGACCAAGCAGGGAGCGGGGAGGAGGGAGCUGUUCCCAGGCUGAAAACACCA